AUGUCAUCCCUAAUCCCGCUGUCGUCUUACAAUCUGGCAUUGGAACCAUUUAACCCAACUCCAGCUUUGGAGGAGGAUUUCCCAGUUACUAUUAGAAUAACUCUUGCUGCUUUAGAUCCUGAAGCCAUUGAUGAAAAGGCAGAACCAUCUACAUUGAGAAUUUUGAAAAAAUCGAACCUGUUUGGAGAUGAAUCCGACAGUGAAGAUGAGUCUGAUGAAGAGGACGCAGAGGAGGAAGAAGAAGAGGAACCAAAAAAGAAGAUUCAACCCAAGAAGGUUUCCAAGAAAUCCAAAAAGGACGACAAAUUGGUUGAUGAUUCCGCUGAAGAGUCUGAAAACGAUGACGAGGAGUCCGAUGAGGAUGGCUCUGACUUAGAGGACGAUGAAGAAAUUGAGGAGUUUGUUCUGUGCACACUGGGUCCAAAAAUUCAGUAUCAACAAACUAUUGAUCUGACCAUCACCCCAGACGAAGAAGUGUACUUCGUUGUUACUGGUUCAUACCCAAUUCAUUUGACUGGUAACUACGUUGAGCACCCUUAUGAUGAUGAAUCUGAUCAAGACGAUGAAGAUGAUUCUGAUGAAGACUACGACCUCACCCCAGAUGAAGACGAGAUCAUCUCUGAUGGUGGAGACUAUGAAAUCGAUGACCUUGAUGACGUCGAUGAUGUUGAAGGUAAGAUUGAAGAGAUUGUUGAGGAGGAGGAGGAGAAAAAGAAGAACAAGGAAGAGAUAAAGUCUCCAAAGAAAGAUAAGAAGCGUCCAGCCGAACCAGUUGAAGCACCUGUCGAAGAGCCAAAGAAGUCUAAGAAGGCCAAGAAGGAGAAGAAUGUUGAAUUUACCAAGGAUUUGGAACAAGGUCCUACUAGCAAGAAGGAGACUUCCGGCGACAAGAAGAAGUUUCCGACCAAGACAUUAGCUGGUGGUCUGGUUAUUGAAGACAGAACCAUUGGAAAAGGCCAAACUGCCAAGUCUGGGAACAAAGUCGGAGUUCGCUACAUUGGUAAGCUUAAGAACGGUAAGGUCUUUGACAAGAAUACCUCAGGAAAGCCAUUCGUCUUUGGACUCGGUAAAGGUGAGGUUAUCAAAGGUUGGGAUGUCGGUGUCGCUGGUAUGGCCAUUGGAGGUGAGAGAAGAAUCAUUGUCCCAGCUUCCAUGGCCUACGGAAAGAAGUCUCUUCCAGGAAUUCCAGCCAACAGUGAGCUAACUUUCGAUGUUAAGCUUGUAAGUUUGAAAUAG